AGGCCGGGAAGAUGAAUUAUUUGUUCUGUAAAAGGCAAUAAUAGUUUAUAGAAGUGAAGAGUUCCUAAAGAAGGUAACAAACAAGAGAAGGAAAAUGCUGAAACCAAUCAAUGUACGAGUAACUACAAUGGAUGCUGAGCUAGAAUUUGCCAUUCAGCCCAAUACAACUGGCAAACAACUUUUUGACCAGGUUGUAAAAACAAUUGGUUUACGUGAGGUCUGGUUUUUUGGGCUGCAGUAUGUAGACAGCAAAGGAUAUUCUACGUGGCUAAAACUGAAUAAAAAGGUGACACAGCAGGAUGUUAAAAAAGAAAAUCCUUUACAGUUCAAGUUUAGAGCUAAAUUCUUUCCUGAAGAUGUGUCUGAGGAAUUGAUUCAAGAAAUAACACAGAGACUUUUCUUCUUGCAAGUUAAAGAAGCCAUCUUAAAUGAUGAAAUAUAUUGCCCACCAGAAACUGCAGUUCUUUUGGCUUCGUAUGCUGUCCAAGCCAAGUAUGGAGAUUAUAAUAAAGAGGUUCACAAACCAGGAUACCUGGCUAAUGACAGACUCCUACCACAGCGUGUUUUGGCAACACAACUGACCAAAGAGCAGUGGGAGGAGCAGAUCCAGAACUGGCACGAAGAGCACAGAGGGAUGCUGAGGGAGGAUUCGAUGAUGGAGUACCUGAAGAUUGCUCAAGAUCUAGAAAUGUAUGGUGUCAACUAUUUUGAAAUCAAGAAUAAGAGGGGCACUGAAUUGUGGCUGGGUGUUGAUGCUUUGGGUCUGAAUAUUUAUGAACAUGACGACAAGUUAACGCCUAAAAUUGGUUUUCCCUGGAGUGAAAUCCGAAAUAUUUCAUUUAAUGACAAAAAAAUUGUUAUAAAGCCAAUUGACAAAAAGGCACCUGAUUUUGUUUUCUAUGCUCCUCGUCUGAGAAUCAAUAAGCGGAUUUUGGCCUUAUGCAUGGGAAACCAUGAACUGUACAUGAGAAGGAGAAAGCCUGAUACUAUUGAAGUACAACAGAUGAAGGCUCAGGCCCGGGAGGAAAAGCACCAGAAGCAGUUGGAAAGGGCACAAUUAGAGAAUGAAAAGAAGAAAAGAGAAAUAGCAGAAAAGGAAAAGGAAAGAAUAGAGCGUGAGAAGGAAGAGCUAAUGGAGCGUCUAAGGCAAAUUGAAGAACAGACAAUGAAAGCCCAAAAAGAACUAGAAGAACAGACACGGAAAGCUCUGGAACUGGAGCAGGAGCGCCAACGAGCAAAAGAGGAGGCAGAGCGGCUAGAUAAGGAGCGGCGGGCUGCGGAGGAGGCCAAGUCCGCCAUAGCCAAGCAAGCUGCUGACCAGAUGAAGAACCAGGAGCAGCUGGCAGCAGAACUUGCCGAAUUCACUGCCAAGAUUGCACUUUUAGAGGAAGCCAAGAAGAAAAAGGAAGAGGAAGCUACCGAAUGGCAACACAAAGCUUUUGCAGCUCAGGAAGACUUGGAAAAGACCAAAGACGAGUUAAAAACGGUGAUGUCUGCGCCCCCUCCCCCUCCCCCUCCCCCUCCACCGGUCGUUCCUCCCACAGAAAACGAGAUGAUGCAUGACGAGCAUGACGAGAACAGUGCUGAGGCCAGUGCAGAGUUGUCCAGCGAGGGGGUGAUGAACCACCGGAGCGAGGAGGAGCAGGUGACGGAGACCCAGAAAAACGAAUGUGUGAAGAAGCAGCUCCAGGCAUUAAGUUCAGAGUUAGCCCAAGCCAGAGAUGAAACCAAGAAAACACAGAAUAAUGUUCUUCAUGCUGAGAAUGUCAAAGCAGGCCGUGAUAAGUACAAGACUCUCCGACAGAUUCGACAAGGCAAUACAAAGCAGCGCAUCGAUGAGUUUGAAGCAAUGUGAGAGCUGUUCUUGUGAUACAUGUCCUUCAUAAGCUGAACCACCACCAGAGAAAAGCAGGCCUUUGUAGAUGCGAUGGAAUGCAUCCCACCUUGCCAAAGCACUCAGACCAGUUGACUGUGCUCACUAGCAGGAUUCUGAGGGGCGCUCUUCAGCAUUAAGGCAGUGUGCUGUCAUGUUUGGUCAUUUUUCUUUUGGCCAGGGAAUGGAUAAUGCUAUUCUGUCACCUCUUUGUACAUGUUUCAUUUUUUUGUUUCUGUUUCAUUUUUUUCAGUUGAAUAUUAACACUAAUGACAUUGUCUGAUAAAUGUGUAUGUGUGCUUUGAGCACUGUGUACAUGUUAGGAUAAUAGUGGACAUUUCAAUGCAUGUUUAGUUAAUGAA